AUGCCUUACGGCAGCAGCAGCUUUAGAUUGAGGUUGAGAGCUUUACAGACAUGGAUUCUAGACUAUGACAACCUCCAGUGGCUCGCGCUUAGGCUGAUCUACUCUCAAAUAGGCUGCGCGUUGAUUGGAUCGCUCGGCCCAAUUUACAACGGUGUUUUGCUCGUCGAUUUGGGGAUUUCGCUGUUUGCGCUCGUCGCCAUUGAGAGCAGCAGUCAGAGCCUCGCCAGGACAUACGCCUUUCUUCUCUUCUGUUCCAUUUGCCUCGACCUUUCCUGGUUCUUCAUUUUCUCCAAUCAUAUUUGGACUAUUCCAUCUGAAUUGUAUGGUGCCAUUGGUAUCUUUUUGGUCAAGCUGACCUUGGUCAUGCAAAUCAUUGGAUGUUCAGUGAGGCUAUCGUCAUCAAUACUGUGGAUUCAGAUGUACCGGCUGGGUUCUUCUUACAUUGAUAAUUCUGGUGCUAGAGAAACAGACGCAGAUUUGAGAAAUAGUUUUAUCAACCCUGCUACUCCUAUUGUUCGAGUUCCUUCUGGUUGUGAUGAUGCUAUUGGAAGCUCAAUAUAUGAUAAUGCAUAUUACUCGUCAUUUGACCCUGGCAAGAAUGGCACUUGUUCUUCUGCGGUUAGUCCAAAUCAUCCAUUUUCAGUAACAGAAUCAGUCCCUACUGCUGAAACAUCGCAGCUGAGCCCACCAAAUGGUCGGAUAUCUUCCUGUUAA